ACGGCUGCCAUCACCGCCAAAUUUGGAUUGCCCUCCAUAGCCAACGACUAAACUGACAACGAGCUCAAGAAGAAGGUCCAUGGUAUGGCCAUGCUGACCGCCCACGUCCAGUACGAGUCCGAGACUCGACAAUAUAUGCACGUCGACUGGCCUCGUCAAGCUGAUUACAUCAAAUACAUGCUCAGCGACGCAGUGCAGAUGGACGGCCUGAUGGCGCAGACGCGCGAGGAGAUUAUGGUAGCGCGGCAAGCUGGCGUGUCGUACAUCGUUGUAUUCCUGAACAAGUGUGACAUGGUGGACAACGAGGAUCAGCACGAGCUGGUGGAACUAGAAGUGCGCGGCCUGCUGACCAGUUACGGUUUCCCCGGCGACAACUUGCCGAUCAUCAAGGGCUCAGCCAAACAGGUGCUGGAAGGGGGCUCGGACGGGAGCGAGCUAGGCGAGCACGCCAUCAUCCGCCUGGUGGAGGCGUUGGGCAGGUACAUCCCGGUUCCCGCGCCUACGGUGGACCACCCGUUCUUGAUGCCGGUGGAGGACGUGUUCUCAGUUCCAGGUCGCGGCGUGAUCCGGGUCGGCGACGAAGUUGACAUCGUGGGCUUCGGCGCAGUGGUCCGGACGACGUGCACAGGCGUGGAAAUGUUCCGCAACGUGAGGAUGUACACGGAUUUCAAGGGGCAGGUGUACCUGCUGAACAGGGAAGAGGGCGGUCGCCACGCGCCGAUCUUCAACAACUACCAGGCGCAGUUCUUCAUCUGCAUGACGGAUGUGACGGGUUCGAUCACGUCGCUGGAGGGCAUGGAAAUGGUGAUGCCAGGUGAUAGCUGGUCGAUCACAGUCAAGCUGGUCGCGCCGAUGGCGAUAAAAGAAGGCCUGCACUUCGCCAUCAGUGAGGGUGGAAGGACAGUCGGCAGGGGCAUCGUUACCUCCACCCUUGAGUAG